AGAUAUUACUCAUAUAAUUCCGCUGUAGUUUCGAUUUGUUUCGUGUAUAAAAUUGCAUUUUACUUACGAAAUAUGCAUGAGAUUUGAAUAAAAAGUGCAUGAUGUGGACCAAACAUUUGAUUGUGAUUAGUGUAUUGACAUUGUCCAGCACUGCAUCGGCAGGAUUUUUUGCGUUUUCAGCGUUUGAUGUGAUUACCUGUAGGUUCAAGGAAUGCUGUAAUGACAGAUGGAUUUCAACAAAUUUUACUGAUCUUUCACACACUCUGAGUUCAACGUUGUAUGGCCAGCAUCUUGUCACAGAGCCUGUUGUCAAGCAUCUUAAAGGUCAUGCCAGGGAGAAUCCCAGCAAAGCCCUUGCACUGUCAUUUCAUGGCUUAACAGGCACCGGGAAGAACUAUGUCUCCCGUAUUGUGGCAGAGAAAAUGUUCCGUAAAGGAAUGAAGAGUAAAUAUUUUCACUUCAUAUCAGCCACAAGGGAGUUCCCUCACUCAGAUAUGAUAUCAUUUUAUAAGGACAAGUUACGAGACAUUAUAGAACGAGCUGUAAAGGAAUGCCCUCGUUCCUUGAUUGUCAUUGAUGAGAUGGACAAAAUGCCGCCAGGAGUGAUUGACACUAUCAAACCAUAUUUGGAUUUCUAUGAAGAGAUUGGUGGUGUGGACUACAGAAAAUCUACAUUCUUUUUCCUCAGCAACACAGCGGGUACAGAUAUAGCGGAGCGGACCAUCAAGUACUGGUCAGAGGGUAUACCCAGAGAGAAUAUCAGGCUGAAAGAAAUGGAGGAGGUCAUAAGGCUCCCUGCUCUCAAUCAGAAAGAAAGUGGAUUAUGGCACAGUGAGCUCAUCACAAAAAACCUCAUUUCAUCCUAUAUACCAUUCUUGCCUCUGGAGCGCAAACAUGUGAAACAGUGCAUUCGAGAUGGACUUGUGCAGAGAGGGUUCUACUCCACCGAAUCGGUCAUUCCUGAUUCCAAAGUACAGGAGAUUGCAGAUGAGCUGAAGUACUACCCUCAGGAUCUAUAUGCAUUCUCAUCCACUGGGUGUAAACGAAUUCUUGACAAGAUUACAUUGGUCAUGGAACACAUCUAACUGUAAAUGGGCUUCAGUGUACAUGGUUUAUAACUCAGGGAGCAUAGUAUUCCAAAAACACUUCAUAUCGACAGACUCAGAGAUUUUCGAGCAUUGUUGUCUGGGAUUCCUAGUUAAUACGAAGAAAGGCUGUUAAAUAUGACACAUUGUGCUGCAAUAUAUGUAUUGUAGUGUUCAGACUAAUGUGUUUUUUUCCAGUGGGAUCGCCGAACAGAUUUACAUUUAAUCACUUAGAUCAGCUUUAACAAACAGUUAUUUAGAAGCUUUUGGUAAACUAAACAAUUAGCAUGCUGAAUGACUUAAACAAUAAGAUGCCCCAAAAUAAACUCUAACUUUUACUUAUAAAUACACAUUAUGUUGCAAUUAAUUGUUUUGUGUGUGUGUUUUAUAUUAAUUCAUAACUCCAGCACUAGCUUUUAGUUUAGUUAUUAAAAUAAGUAAGGAUAGACUAAGACACAGGUGAUGUCAUUAGAAAUAUAUCCUCUUUUGCAACAUUUAAGGAAUAACUAAUAGUAAACCAUUGUAUUGACUACUGAAAACAACCCAGCAGCAUUUAGAUUUUGUGGUUUUCUACGUAAGGCUUACCCUAAAAGCUUACCUUUAGGUUUCAAAACUUUUCCCAGUGGGAUUUCUACAGUGCCCUAGCCAGUAAAUGGGCUUUGGGAAAUUGGCAACGAUGGUUGUUAAAAUCAUUGAAACGGUUUAUUCAUGUAGAGAAAUGAUAUUUUUUAUCAUGAUUCACUAAAUUGAAUGGAAUUGGUUAAUUUAAUUGGCUAACUUGAACAUGGAUGUGGACUAAGAUUUAAUGGGCAUAAAAGAAACACUUUUCUGGGGACUUCUGAAAAAGCUGAUUUUCUCGAAAGGAAAUUUCGUUUUGUGAAAGAUUCAAAGAGUUUCUACUCAUUUAUUUAUCGACAAAGUGCUAUUUUGGGCAAUUAAUAUCAUUUUCCUGCAAUAUAUAUAUAUUUAUAACAUAACAUACGGCGCAGGAGUGAUAUAAUCACAUGCAAUAUUUUUCAUAUAUCAUUAGUGUAAUUACUAUGCAAAUUAGGUAACCGCAUCACAGAAAAAUGUAUUCAUACGCACUGUCAAAAAAAUGUAAACAAACAUUAAAAACGAUGUUUCAAAAGAAAUCAUGUCGGUGUCAACAAACUCAAUUCCACGAUGAAACACAUGGUGAAGAAGGCUGGGCUUAAUCCAAACAAACACCUCCCCGAUCACAGCGCCAGACAACACCUUGUCCAGAAAUUAAAUCAUUAUAUGAAUGACAACAAUGUUCCUGCGAACCAGAUUAUGCAAACAUCUGUACACAAUAACAUUGCAUCUAUAAACAAAGAUAGCCACAUAAAUCCAAAUCAAUACAAGGAAAUGUCUAGCAUCCUGUACUGCAGUGAAAAACGUGUCUACUUCCUUGCAAAAUGAUCAUUCUGGGUUGUUCAAGCAAUGCUCAAGCUGUCACAGUCACUGAUUCCACAUGAAUUCCCACUUUUUCUGGUGGAUUUUACAUUUAUGUAGCUCGAAUUCACGGAAAUGUCCUUGUGCACAUCCGUUAAAAUGACAAAAAUCCAAGCUGAAAUCGACCAGCUACAAAGCGAAUUCGCACUAUUGAAAGCGACUGUGACAGUGACUUAUGUUAAUUUCAGACUUCAUGUUUCUGUAGCUUUUUGCAUAUAUAUUAUAUUCAACCGCCAAAUGAAAUUUACACACUCGCGUGAUUACUUGUGACGUCACGCAGUUAUGACAUUGCUAUUAUUAUUGAUUUGCUUAAUGGAUUAAAAUAUGUAUUUAUGGUGUUUUAAAUUGAAACCUUUGAAAAUCGGUUUAUAAUUGUGACAUGAUUUAUGUUUUGUAUUGUUAAUAAAAUGUUUUUAUGUC